CGCCAGGCGCCCGCGAGGCGCGAGCCGUUUGUGCAUCCUCAACUUUGCGGCCGCCGGGGGCGCGGCUCCCGCGUGCGUGUGCAAGUGUGCCUGUCACCAGCGGCCUCCUGGGGGCAGCAGCGGAAAGGGGGACGCAGAGAAAGGCAGCCUCGGCGCACGGCGGCCAGGGAGGCAGAGGCCUCUCGCGGCGCCGGCUCUGGAGACCUAAACUCCGCCGGGGCUGUGCCCAGGGCGCGUCUGAGCGUCGCCGCUUUCACCCUCCCAGCAGCAGCGGGGACUCGCGUUAGGAUUGCGAUUCCUUUCGCCUGCUGAGCGGUAGCGGCGGUGUCUGCGAGCAGAGGAGCGGCGGCCGUGGCAGCAGCAUCCCCAGCCCGGGCGGGACCAUUGAGCGCCGGAGCCGGCGGCUGGAGGCAGGAAGAGAGGGUUGUGGCGCUCGACCUGGGCGCGUUCCCGGCGCCUGCCCUCCGCCGCUGGCCCUGUCCUGGGCGCCCGGUGCGUGUCUCGAACAAUGGUGCGGAGCGCCGGUGCGAGCCCCGCGCCCGCCCAGCGGCCGUAGAGGAAGUGGCCGGGCUCCCGGCGAGGUGGGCAGGGAGACGUCCCCCGCCACUCGCUCGCUGGAGUUUGCCUGCGUGUCCGGGCUCUCCAGCCCCGACCCCGGGGAUCCCCUGGGAUCACCGACGGAGCUCAAUUCCGAGAGUAUGGUGCCAGCGCCCGGGCUAAUCUAGUCCUCUCUACUCGCUCCUUUUUCCCUCCUCCUCCUCCCUCUCCUUUCCCUCCUCCCUUCCCUCGGGUCGGCACUGCCUCUGGAUUCCCGGCGUGUGAGAGUACAACUCUGCCUCUCUGAGGAGAACUGGUUGUGACCACUGAACAGAACUUGCCCAUUGAAAGCAAACCCAGAACAGCUGGAUAAUGUCCACCCCGAGCCGAUUCAAGAAGGACAAAGAGAUCAUAGCCGAGUAUGAAAGUCAAGUCAAAGAAAUUCGAGCUCAACUGGUAGAACAACAAAAAUGCCUGGAGCAGCAAACAGAGAUGCGAGUUCAGCUUCUCCAGGACCUGCAAGAUUUCUUCCGAAAAAAAGCUGAAAUUGAGACGGAAUAUUCCCGGAAUCUAGAGAAAUUAGCAGAAAGGUUCAUGGCAAAAACGAGAAGCACUAAGGAUCAUCAACAAUACAAGAAAGACCAGAACCUGUUGUCUCCAGUGAACUGCUGGUAUUUGCUCCUGAACCAAGUAAGGAGAGAAAGCAAAGACCAUGCAACCUUGAGUGACAUCUAUCUGAACAAUGUGAUUAUGCGGUUCAUGCAGAUAAGUGAGGAUUCUACCAGGAUGUUUAAAAAGAGCAAAGAGAUUGCAUUCCAACUUCAUGAGGAUUUAAUGAAGGUUCUUAAUGAGCUUUAUACGGUGAUGAAAACAUACCAUAUGUAUCAUGCAGAGAGCAUCAGUGCAGAGAGCAAGCUGAAAGAGGCUGAAAAACAAGAGGAAAAGCAAAUUGGAAGAUCUGGUGAUCCAGUCUUCCAUAUUCGACUAGAGGAGAGACAUCAACGGCGAAGCUCUGUAAAGAAAAUUGAAAAAAUGAAAGAAAAAAGACAAGCAAAAUAUUCGGAAAAUAAGCUAAAAUCAAUUAAGGCACGGAACGAAUAUCUCCUAACACUUGAAGCCACCAAUGCCUCAGUUUUCAAGUAUUAUAUUCAUGAUCUUUCUGAUUUAAUUGAUUGCUGUGAUCUUGGCUACCACGCAAGUCUGAAUAGAGCCCUAAGAACAUAUCUCUCUGCGGAGUACAACCUUGAAACCUCCAGACAUGAGGGCUUAGACAUUAUUGAGAAUGCAGUUGAUAAUUUAGAGCCCCGGAGCGAUAAGCAGAGAUUCAUGGAGAUGUACCCUGCUGCGUUCUGUCCACCAAUGAAGUUUGAGUUUCAGUCUCACAUGGGUGAUGAGGUGUGCCAGGUCAGUGCCCAGCAACCAGUCCAGGCAGAGCUCAUGCUCAGGUACCAACAGUUGCAGUCCCGCCUCGCCACGCUCAAAAUCGAGAAUGAAGAGGUUAAGAAAACGACUGAAGCCACCUUGCAGACAAUACAAGAUAUGGUCACCAUCGAGGACUAUGAUGUUUCUGAAUGCUUCCAGCACAGUCGCUCCACAGAAUCUGUGAAGUCCACUGUCUCUGAAACCUACCUGAGUAAACCCAGCAUCGCCAAGAGAAGAGCCAACCAGCAGGAAACCGAACAAUUCUACUUCAUGAAACUCAGAGAAUAUUUGGAAGGCAGUAAUCUCAUCACGAAACUUCAAGCCAAACAUGACUUGCUGCAGAGGACUCUGGGAGAAGGUCAUAGAGCUGAAUAUAUGACUACAAGGCCUCCAAAUGUUCCCCCUAAGCCCCAGAAACACAGGAAGUCCAGGCCCCGCUCACAGUAUAAUACUAAGUUGUUUAAUGGGGAUUUGGAAACAUUCGUCAAGGACUCAGGACAGGUUAUUCCCCUCAUUGUGGAAAGCUGUAUUCGGUUCAUCAAUCUCUAUGGUCUUCAGCAUCAGGGGAUUUUCAGAGUGUCUGGUUCCCAGGUGGAAGUCAAUGAUAUUAAAAAUUCAUUUGAGAGAGGUGAAAAUCCUUUGGCUGAUGACCAGAGUAACCAUGAUAUUAACUCAGUUGCUGGCGUUCUGAAGCUCUAUUUCCGUGGGCUGGAAAACCCCCUCUUUCCUAAGGAAAGAUUUAAUGAUCUGAUUUCUUGUAUCAGAAUAGAUCAUCUCUAUGAGAGGGCGCUUCACAUCCGCAAACUCCUCCUGACUUUGCCCAGGUCGGUCCUUAUAGUGAUGAGGUACCUCUUUGCCUUCCUCAAUCAUCUAUCACAGUACAGCGAUGAGAAUAUGAUGGACCCUUAUAACCUGGCCAUUUGCUUUGGCCCAACGUUGAUGCCUGUCCCAGAAAUACAGGAUCAAGUGUCUUGCCAAGCACAUGUGAAUGAAAUUAUUAAAACCAUCAUCAUCCACCAUGAGACUAUUUUCCCAGAUGCUAAAGAGCUGGACGGCCCUGUUUAUGAGAAAUGUAUGGCUGGAGAUGACUAUUGCGACAGCCCAUACAGUGAGCACGGUACAUUGGAGGAAGUGGACCAAGAUGCUGGUACAGAGCCCCACACAAGCGAAGAUGAAUGUGAGCCAAUAGAAGCAAUAGCCAAGUUUGACUAUGUUGGGCGGUCCGCCAGAGAACUAUCCUUCAAGAAGGGUGCCUCCCUGCUGCUGUACCACCGCGCAUCUGAGGACUGGUGGGAAGGCAGGCACAACGGGAUUGACGGGCUGGUGCCUCACCAGUAUAUAGUGGUGCAGGAUAUGGAUGAUACAUUUUCAGACACUCUGAGCCAAAAAGCCGACAGCGAGGCCAGCAGUGGGCCAGUAACGGAAGACAAGUCCUCAUCCAAGGACAUGAACUCCCCGACAGACCGUCAUCCUGACGGUUAUUUAGCCAGGCAAAGAAAAAGAGGAGAGCCACCCCCUCCAGUAAGGCGUCCUGGCAGGACCAGUGAUAGCCAUUGCCCGCUCCACCCUCCACACGCCCUUUCCAACUCCUCAGUUGACCUGGGGUCCCCGAGCCUCGCCAGUCACCCCCGGGGCCUGCUGCAGAACCGGGGCCUCAACAAUGACAGUCCUGAGCGGAGGCGCAGGCCUGGCCAUGGCAGCCUGACCAACAUCAGCCGGCACGAUUCCCUCAAGAAGAUUGACAGCCCUCCCAUUAGAAGGUCCACGUCAUCAGGGCAAUACACAGGCUUCAAUGACCACAAGCCACUGGACCCAGAGACAAUUGCUCAGGAUAUUGAAGAAACGAUGAACACAGCUUUGAAUGAACUCCGAGAACUGGAGAGACAGAGCACAGCAAAGCAUGCCCCUGAUGUGGUGCUGGAUACCCUGGAGCAAGUGAAAAACUCUCCCACCCCUGCCACUUCCACGGAAUCUCUCAGCCCUUUGCACAACGUUGCCCUCAGGAGUUCCGAGCCUCAGAUUCGACGUAGCACUAGCUCCUCCAGUGACACAAUGAGUACUUUCAAGCCUAUGGUGGCACCCAGAAUGGGUGUGCAGCUGAAGCCUCCAGCCCUUAGGCCAAAACCUGCUGUUCUUCCAAAAACAAAUCCUACCAUAGGACCUGCCCCGCCUCCCCAGGGUCCAACAGACAAGUCUUGCACGAUGUAAAAACCAGCCAAGCAAGGCCAUAAAGGGAGGUGACUUAAUAAAAAAAAAAAAAAAAACGGAUUAGUGACAAAAUCACUGAUCCAUAACUUUCCUUAGUUUUGUGCUUAUAACUGGAGAUCUUUUGGCUUUUCUAUGUUGUCGAAUGUAAUGUCUGAGACUAGCUAAAUUAACACGGGCAUUUGUAUUUUGUAAUUUUUUAAAAUAACUGGACAUAUGUCAUUUUAAGGACAAUAGAAACACUUAGACUUACUUGAAAAUCCAAUGCUGCACCACUUGUAAUGAAGGCAACACCGCUCUCCACAUCCUACAGAGCUUCAGGUUUAGUGUAGCCCAGGUGAGUCAGAAAGGUUGUGACCUGAAGGCAGAAGAACCCGAAUUCCACACCUCACUGGAGUAUAGCCAGUGUUGGUCUGUGGCACUUGGGCUGAAAGGUGAUAAUGGCAUUGCGUGGUAGCUGACAAUGAGCACCUUCGAUUCCAUGUGGAGUGGGGUUUAGCUCAUGCAAAAGACUUACAGUUGUCUCCAUGGGACGAUCCCAGAGGGACUGUCAGUCUGCAGCUUGAGUGAGUUGGAUGCUUGCCUCUUUCCUAACAGUUAUUUCCCUGGGUCCAGCUUAAAGACUCGAUGGAAUUGGGUAGAACCUCUGCUGUUAUUGCUUGAACUUAACCUGGGAAAGGAGAGGAAGACACCAUCUCCAAAGCUAUUAAUGUCACUCCUUUUGUGAGCAUGAUUAGGCCUCAGAGAUUUCCAAGUCCCUCCCCUAUACUUACAAACGACUAGAAGGCUUUCAUUUUAAAGACUUUCUGGUUACAGUAUUCCACAAACUCCUCCAAAGAUUUGUUGUUCAAUAACUGCCUAGAAAAUGUUUCUAUCUCCCCAAAUCCCUGUGUUCUCCUCUGUGAAAAUGGAGGCAGCAAGAAGCACCUGAGGCCUUGGUUUAUGCAGUGUUCUCUUUUGACUAAAUCACCUAGGUUCCUUUAAACAUGCUGCAAAGCCCAGGCAUGGUGGUGCACACUGUAGUCCCAGCUACUCAGGUGGUUUACACAGGAGGAUGGCUUUGGGCCCAGUAGUUCGAAUCCAACCUGGGCAGCAUACUGUGAGACCCUGUCUCUU